UAAUUUCUUACAUGGACGGUAGGGACCUCAUGAAAAGUAUCUCAACAUUUCUUUCCACUUACAGAGAUUGUUGAUAGAAUCAGUAUUCAAAGCAAUAUCACUCAUAAACAUACAUAAAAACACAUAUUUGUAUAUACCUGCCCAUUGUUAUAAGCAUACACACACACACAUACAAAACAGCAAGUAACCCGCUUCUUGGUGUAUUUGUUCUUGCCGAUGUUGUGUUUUGUUCGAUGGCGAACAUGUUGCCACGUCCAGCACACAGCCAACCGGCCAGGCGGGGGGCAGCGAAUAACACAACAGCACGAACAACCUGUGAGCUCCGAGUUGUCGUUGCAAGCCAACACAACAGCCACGCACAUCUACCCAUACACACACACGCUCGUACACGCCGUCACACGCAUGUGGCUGACCUGGGGCGCAGCGCUGGCGACAGCAGUGCGGCGAACAAAAGCGAUUCGGCUGCUCAGUUGUGUUUUGUGCGGCGCGUGUGAUGGUUUUCUCGGCUCUCUAUUGGCGCAUCGACGUGACUCCACUCGACUUGGCUUGACUCGGCGUUGACACGCAAACCAGAAUGAAACGUGAAUUGCUUGUAGACGAAAAAAAAAACAAGAAAAUAAGCAAACAGAAUUUAAAUAAUUAAUGUACAAUAGCAACAAAGUGGCAACGUGUGAGUGAAUUUGAAGCUUUGAAGAAAAAAAGUUGAACUGCAGUGAAUGCGCCAAGAAGUUGGGGGGGUUUUCUAGCAAAGUAGUGCUUGACAAUCGAUUUUUGCUAAUAGUGAGCAACAAUGUGAACCACAAAACUCGCCGGCCGCGAGUCUAGAAGCUUGUACACAGAAACAGACGCGGUGAAUUUUGGAGUUCAAAUGUAAAUAGAGUUUUCGGCAUUAAAAUUCGACGCAAACAGUGGUGUUGUUGUAAUAAUUGAACUCCAAAUAUUUAAGUGGAAAUAUUGUACCAAAAUACAUACAUACAUACAAUAUUAAUGUGAAUAUGAGCGUAGAAAUUAGAAAUAGUGAAAUUACUUGUGAAUCGAAUUAAUUUAUGCGCAUAACUGGCGUAUCAAUAUUAAUUUGUGUGUAAAAUACAAAAAAUAAAAAAUAUACAACAAUAACAAAACUAUCGUAAAAUUUCAAUUUCAACCUUAAGCAGCGUCCGCACCAACAAGCAUCAUCUGUUUUUACUAAGAAAAUUAAGCCGAAUUCUUCUGCCGUGGUUUCUUAAUCGAAUAAACAUAAAAGCGAAAAGUGUUAAUCAUGUUUACCACAUUCUGUGAAAUAUUCAAUAUAAAAUCUUUACUGCAACGAACUAAGAUCUACUAAAACCAAACUGAAAUUAAAAAUCGCAGAAAUAUUUAAAUGGCUUUCAAAAAAUAUUAAAACACAUUUUGAACAGAAAAUAUAAAAAUAUUAAAAAGUAGUGUAAAAAUUUAAUUAAAUAUUGCGAAACUUGUACACAAACUUAAAACUUUCUUUCUGUAUUUGUAUUGGUAUGCGCGACGAAUAAAGGCGGCAUAAAAUUCAUCAUACGCCGUGUGCUCCAUUGGGGCACACGCCAAUCAACAGUCAGCUGCGGCACAUAACGAACAAGUGCGUUAACCAGAAGUGGCAACGCGUGACGUGCUGAGAUUUUCCCACUUCAAGAAACUUACGAAAAACACACACGCACGCACACAUACACACAAUCGCGUGCACAAGAGUUCCUCAUACGACAAGCUGGAUGCGAAAGAAUCGCAAAAUGUCUGAGUCACGUCGUCCUUCGGUCAGUUUUACCGCCAUGCCUCCCGGCGUUCUAGUCAACGACAGUCGCAGCAAUUCCACCGACGAUAUACAAAUCGCGUUAGCGCCACACAUACAAACCUAUCUAAGUCAAACGGGGCGACGGCAUUCCUGCUGUAGCGUCAUGUUGCCGGUGGCAUUCGAACGCGCCUCGUCCAAAUCGUGGAUGGAUCCCAAAUUCGAUUCACCCGUGCUGGAGGGCCAGUUUCAGACCAGCGUAUUCCCACACGUACGCAUGCGAUACAGAUUUGCGCUAUCCUACAUUUUGAUCUGUUCACUUUCGUGGUUCCUGUACUUUCUGAUUGAUGGCGGCUCAGAGCAUCAUUGGCGCCCGAUUUCGAGUGCCUUCUCAAUGCUCACACUCAUCACGAUCGCCGCCUUGUGCUUUACGCACUGGGACAUGUAUCGCGCCUACCGAAGAUUGACUUCCGCUCUCACAGCCAUUGUGCUGUGUGCCUUCUCCUUGGCCUUCCUCAUUUGUACUGGUCGCGCCUUUAGUCCACUCGGUCACUUCUCAAUAUGCGUAUCGAUCGUGCUGCUCAUAUACACAGCACUACCGAUGCAAUUGUGGCUGAGCGCCUUCAUCGCAAUCGUCUACUCAGUACUCUUCGAAGUCGCCUCACAUAAGGUGGUGGGCAAUAGCGCCACUCAUGGCACCGCCACCGAGUGUAAUAAUAAAAUUAUGUUGCUGCGCAUUCUACUGCACAUCUGCGUUCACUUGGUGGGUGUACAUGUGCUGGUGAUGAAUGUGGUGCGCAUGCGCGGUAUGUUCAUGAAGAUCGGACAGAAUUUGCUGGUACGUCGCCAACUGGAGAUGGAGAAGCAACUUAAGGAGAAAAUGAUACAUUCGGUGAUGCCACCGAAAGUAGCCGAUAUGCUGCUGAACGAGGGUGGGGCAAGCGGCAUUGAUACCAAAGACGGUGUAGUCGAUCCAGAUUCUCACUAUGUACGACCACGCACCUCCAACGACCUAAAAUCACUGUUUCGUCCAUUUCACAUGCAUAGCAUGGAUAAUGUGAGCAUAUUGUUUGCGGACAUUGUGGGUUUUACGAAAAUGUCCUCCACCAAGACGGCCGAGCAGCUGGUGGAGAUACUCAAUGACCUGUUCGAACGUUUCGACGAUCUCUGCACACUGAAUGGCUGCGAGAAAAUAUCCACCCUGGGUGACUGCUACUACUGCGUAUCUGGUUGCCCGGAACCACGUGCCGAUCAUGCGAUCUGCUGCGUCGAGAUGGGUUUGGGCAUGAUUGAUGCGAUGCGUUGCUUCGAUGCUCAGCGACAUGAGGGUGUUAAAAUGCGUGUCGGUGUUCAUACUGGUACCGUAUUGUGCGGUAUUGUGGGCACACGACGCGUAAAAUUCGACGUUUGGAGCAAUGACGUGUCCUUAGCAAACAAAAUGGAGUCUUCUGGUAAGCCAGAGCAAGUGCACAUCUCUGAGGAAACAUCCAAUUUUCUAGGUGAUGCUUAUCUACUGGAGGAGGGAGAAGAAGUUUUCGGCCAUCGCACAUAUUUUGUAGUCGGCCGCCGAAAAGAUGUAUCGCGCGCCAACAGUCUUAGUCCUAGCAUACCCGCCAACUACGGCGGCAGCCACUUGCAGCUACCUGGCAUACCUGGGCAACCAACACCGCUCUCGCAGAGCGCCACGAACAUUUCGGUUAUCCAUCCAAAUGUACCACCCGCCUCGCCAGUUGGACAACUUUCUUCCUCACUCAAUCCCUCGCCAGUGCUUUCAAUGCGGCCGCGCCUCACCUCGCUCAGUAUGAAACUGCGCAAGAAGUCCCAAAGCCGUGAACGUGACAUUGAACGAGGUAUUGUACAGCCUGAUGGCAUGGGUGUAGCACCAGUUGUUGUGGUGCGUGAAAGACCAAAGAUUAUUAUAACCACCAAGAGUCUACCUGGCAGUUUGGACUCUGCUGAUGAACCCGACAAAGUAGAAGAUGGCUGUUGUAAUGGACUUAACGGCACUAAUCACACCGCUCACAAGAAUCACAACACAGAAGAAAGUGGGCGAACAAAGAUUAAAUUAAAGGUGUGUAAAGUGCCGCGGUUUUUUAAGAAAAUCGAAGAUAUUGUCAAGCAUACAGACAAAUCAUCAAGCACUGAUGUUACUAUUAAUGUACCCAGCUCCAAGGCCACCGUCGUAAAUACUGAUGAGAUGGUUGCAUUCAUUGAACCAAACGGUUACCAUCAACUUCCAGUUGUGAUUGAAUCAUCUAAGCUAGCAGUUUUAGGUCAUACACUGGAAAUACCAACACAGAAGCCCGUACUACACCAUGCCGCCACCUCUACCGGCAUCUCACACAAUAACGUGCGUUCUCCUGACGGUAGUUGUUGCUCUCCUGGUCAAUACUCCAUGUUUGACGACAUCAUUGAUAUUCGCUCCUACAUCAGUCAGUCGCGCAGCGAUAUCUCACCUUUCGGCCGUUCUGGUAGCUAUCGUUCGCAGUGUGGUCGUAGUGGCAAAUCGGAAACAUCUCCUCUACCACGUCCACGCGCUUCCACGCUCACUUCCGCUACGGCCGACAAGGGCAAUGAUGUACCCGCAGCUCAACCACUAAUCGCUGGCUGUGCAUCGUUCCCUUAUGCACCCACUACGACAGCCAAUCAUCAUCCUGCGAAUUCGCGCAAUUCAAGCAUCUGGCCGGAUGGCCUUAGUAUAUGCCCAUCGGCUACUUCGCGCAAGGAUUCCGGUAUCAAAAGCAACUCACGUCGCUCUUCGAUACAACAACAAAUUUAUGCACUCAACCAAUCCGCCAUUAGUCAGCAUCGCGUCUCUGGUUAUUUUACCAGCUCGACAUCAAGCAUAUCGAACAUAGGCGAUGUCACAACCUUGCCACACGUGGCGAUUCCACCGAUACCACAGCCGUUACCGCAAGUAGCUGAUCCACUAGCAGCCUGUCUACAGCAGCUCCGCAAACAGUCCGAUCUUCAAUUGAUACGCUGCGUACGCGAUAACGCUAAAUCUCAGCGAAGCUACUUAGUUAAGCCGCCGCUCAAACGUUUCAGUUUGUACUUUAAAUCACGGCAAAUGGAACGAGAUUUUCGCUCCAAAGCACAUCGUUUUGGCAAUGAAAACGAAACCGAAGGUCCACCCACAUUGGCAACACCCCGCUAUAAUACGUAUAUCGACAUUUUUGUUGGUCUUGCAGUGUACCUGUGCAUUUCCAUCUCGCUCUUUCUUAUGACGCCCAACACUGUUACGCCCAGCUUUCGUCUGUGGGUCUCACUCUUCACAGUCUUCACCGCUAUACAAAUAUUUGCAUUGUUCCUCUUCACACGACAAAUGUGCCGGCGCCACAACUCACAAGCGCGUACGAAGGUCAACGACACGGACUCAUGUGCCGACCGCAUAUUUGAAGCUAUUUCCAGUUGGUACCCCUGGCAUAUAUGUCUGGCCAUAUUGAUGGCGAUGCCGGUAAUACUGAUCAUAGCCAACUUCCUUUUGCUCGAUCUCAAUCUGCUUGAAGCUUUCGAGUAUCACUAUGGCUUCUUAAUAUUCGUGUGCAUCGUCCAUUUCUGCAACUUCACACAGCUGAACUGUUGGAUGCGCAACACGUUGGCACUAAUGGCGGCUAUGUGCUUUGUUGGCAUUGCCGUAAGCCAACUGACAGUUUAUUCAAAUCGAACGGACGCAGCGGAGGCGGCAGCUAUCGCACAAAAUGCAACACGCUUGCCAUAUCCCGGUGCGGAGGGUGGAAAUUACCUAAUCGAAGAGAUCAAGUGGUUUCAAGACUAUCAUGUGGAAAUUUAUCUAGAUCUGCUGCUCAUACUGGUACUGGUUGGGUUUUUGAAUCGAGAGUUCGAGAUCGGCUACAGACUAACCUUCUAUGGUAACGCCGUGGCCAAUCAAGACAAGAUACGAGUGCAGAAUAUGAAAAACCAAGCAGACAUGUUGUUACACAACAUCAUACCCAAACACGUCGCCGAACAUCUGAAGAAUACCGCAAAAUACUCAGAAAACCACCAUAAUGUGGGGAUUAUCUUCGCCUCGAUUGUAAACUUUAAUGAAAUGUACGACGAAAGUUAUCUCGGCGGCAAGGAAUAUCUGCGUGUGCUGAACGAAUUGAUAGGCGACUUCGAUGAGUUACUCUCGCGACCCGAAUUCCGUUGUGUGGAGAAGAUCAAGACAAUCGGUUCAACUUUCAUGGCAGCUAGCGGGCUUGACCCGUCUCACCGCGGCGAGAAGAAUGAACACAUUCACGCUUUAAUGGAAUUCGCUAUUGCAAUGCAAGAGGUGGUAGACGCAUUCAACAAGGACCUGCUUGAAUUCAACUUAAUUCUACGUAUUGGCAUGAACAUCGGUGAUGUGACAGCUGGUGUCAUCGGCACGAGCAAACUUCAUUACGACAUCUGGGGCGACGCAGUUAAUGUGGCAUCGCGCAUGGACUCCACUGGUGUGCCGAAUCGUAUACAAGUUGGUAAGGACUGCCUGGCUUUUCUGGUAGACAAGUACGAAUUUGAGCCACGUGGCAGCGUGUACGUUAAGGGCAAAGACCACAUGGAGGUGUACUUAUAUACGAUACGUAAAGGCGAGUGGGAGGAAGGCAAAGAGGAAAAGGAGGCUAUGGAAAAGGGAGAAAAAACAGUAGCACCGGAAGUAACAACAGGAGAAACGCCAGUGGAACCAAACGGUGUUGUGAAAACAGAAAACGGUGACGUUGUUGAGGAAGACAAGGACGUGCUCUCAACGAACAAGGAAGGAACCUAAAAAUCUUUUACAACGCAGUGAUCUGUGAAUGGUAAAAAAUAUAUAUUGUUGAAUAUUAAGUGCUGUGAUGACGAAUGACUAUCUGGCGAUGCAACGCUCCAUGGUCAGGAGGAACGCGUAGAGGCUUAGAAUAUUAAGUUGAAAUAACUGGUGAUACGUGUGAGCCAUUUGAAAAAAUAUCAAUGUGAACUUAAUUUCGCUUACGCUGAAGUAAUGCGUGUGACUGCUGAAGGUGCCGUCGCACAUGGGUCCGAGGCCUUACGAACUAAACGGGUAUAAAGAAUGGAAAGGUUUCAUAAAUUGCAUUUAUAGCGAGAGUUUAAUAAGAAAAAAUAUAAAAAAUGAUACUUGGAUAUUCGAUUAGGCAACCAAAUUGUGAUAUUGCAGAUAAUGCUGGGCGUAGACUAAACGGAAAAUGUGUCGUUGACAGAAGUGGCUUGAGUGCAUAAAAUUAUUUAAAGUAAAUUAUUGUAAUAAAACUGGCACUUAUGUAGGAAGUAGUUUUUCUUUUUGUUGGAGAGUGUCGAAAGUUGCUGAGAAAAAUUAUGAACUUGACCGUUCAUAAAUUGUGGUGUAAAGAAAUUGGCUAAAAUGCAUGGAUACAAACUUACAUAAACUAAAAGCUGUUAUUACACGAAAUUUUUGCAUACAUACUGAUAUCAAUGUGGCUUUCAAUGUCUUAGCGCUACUUAAUAGAAACCAAAUAUAUUUAAAUGAAAAAAUGGUAGAUUGAGACAAGGGAUUUUAAAGAAGCAACACAUGUUUAAAAUAUUACAUAAUUAAAUGCAUAAUGACUCAUUAUAUAAUAAGCCAUACCUAUGCAAAAUGUUUAAAAAUUAUGCUAAGCAGAAAAGAAAAUUCUUGUUGUUGGUGAGAGAGUAAAAAAUAAAUAACUUGCCAAUUUGAGCACUAAUAGUUUUUAUUAUCAAAGUCUCACUUUUCUAAACCCCUUUUAAAUUUGUUUUAGAAAUUUUAUUUUUUAUUAUUAAUUUUUUUUUCAAUUUUAGUUCAUGUUUUUUUAUUACUUUUUAUUUGAUUUUUUUUUGCAAUUUUUUCUAUAGGUACUUAUUAUAAUUUUUUAUUUUAUCUUAUGUCUUUUUGUUUUUUAUAUUUCUGUUAUCUUUUUUUAUCUUUUAUUCCUAUUACUUCUGUAUUUUCGUGUUUUUUAUGCAUACCGCUCUUAAUUUUUUAAAUCUCUUUUCUCAACCCCGUUUGAUUUCUACUGAAAACCAAAACUUUUUCCCAACUUAAGCAGCUUAGCACUAAAAGAACAACAACUAAAAUCUAACAAAUUUUUUUAACAGAAUGUUCGUCACAUUUUCAAAAGGGACAUGGAAUAUACAUAUACCAACUUACUUUCUUAUAUACUACAUAAAAAUAUUGAAAAUAGAAACUCUUCCAACAAAGCACCCCUACUAGCCAAUCUAAAGCACACAGACAGAGAUAAAUGCAACCUCCUGAAGAAAGGAGGCAUACUUUCAUGAAAACUUAUAUUUUACUCAAAGCCAAAAAGAAUUUUUUUUAUAUUUGUACGAUCAGCAAAUGAAAUCAUUUUUGUACAUUUCCUCACUAUAAUUUAAGUCUUGUAAAUUUUAUAUAAAAUAGUAUUUUACAAUGAUAUUGCAAUUAAAUAUAUAUAUAUAUAUAUAUAUAACUAAAUAAAUAUAUCUAUGUGAAAGAAGAAGCAGAAAAGCGAAAAAUUUCUUCAUAACGAGACCUAUUAUGUAAAUUUUUUAACAAUAUUAACGAACUAAGAGAGAAAACUGACGCAGCUGAGAGAGUGAGCAGAACUAGCACAAGGCAAAAGUCGUGCACAUAAGCUAAGUUUUAUUUUCAAGGUUUAUAAAUUCUUUUUAUAUAAAUAUUUAUAAACAAAACAAAGCACAUACAUAUAUGUAAAUGUUAGCAACAUAUUUUAACUAGAUUUUAUGUGAAGAAUUCUAAAAAGUUAACUAUUUCUUAGCGCAAUGAAAAUUAGCAUAUUCAUUAUAUAUUACACACCAUAUAUUUACACAUACAUACACUUAUAUGUACAUCUGUAUGUAUAGUUGUUGUUAGUUUCUUGUAUAUACAUAUACUAUAUUUACUCUAUACACACUCAGAAGAAUUAUAUAAUAUAUAAGAUUGUUGAACGUGGAAUAAGAGUUUUAUGCGAAGAAUGUUGAAUUUGAGAAAAGUUGAAGAGAUACAUCCAUUAAAUGUUAACCCCAAUUAGUAUUUGAAUUGUUUGUGGAAUAUUACACUAUGAAAUUAUAUACUAAUAAAUUAAAUUAACUUAAACUAAAUUAAUUAAAAAAAGCAAAUUAAAACCAAACACUUUUGAUUAUAUUGCGUAUGCCUGACUUCUGUAAUAUACAUACUAUAUCACAGUAUAUACAUACAUACAUACGUGUGUACAUAUGAUCUGAAAGUCAGCGCGUAAGCUCAUAGUUACCACAAACAUUUGAUAUUUGUUCAUUUGAUUGCCUUUGCGCGAUGCAAAAAUGUUGAAGCCAAAUUGUUACAGUUAUACGCAAGUGUGUAGCUGUGUGCGAGUGUAUGUAUAUAGUUGCAUCACUCCACUAUAAAUACAUAUUGCCCUUUGUAAAUUAUUUAUUACGUUCAGCUAUAUACCAUUUGUAUGUAUAUCUUGUCAUAAUUAUAUAGUAGCCGAUAUUUAGAAGCCCUUGCAAUUGCCCAAAAAUUAUUUUCCAUAUUAAAAUAAUUAAUUGUAGCUCCUAAUAUUAUAAGAAAAUAACUGUUUUCAUAUGUAUAUUUGUAAGUCUCCCUAAUUGCUGAACUAUUUUUUACUAAAUUGUUUUUUUUUUCUUUGUUUUUUAGUUUCAUGUAUGUACCUCCUAUUUACAUAUAAAAGUAUGUAUUUAAAUUAUUUUAAGUGAAAUGUUAGCGAAAAAAUAAUAAUUGAUUUAACGAAAUUUAUAACAAAAAACACACGAAAUAUGAAUGAGUAAUACAGAAAAUACAUAACUGAGAUUUUGUGUCUAAAUGUGAAA